CCCAGUGGCCGCCGGGAGUCGUUGAUGGUUUAGAAGAACCCUUCCCACAGCAGGACACCCGUCAGGAUGUACAACGGCAUUGGACUGACCACGCCCCGUGGCUCCGGCACCAAUGGACACGUGCAGCGCAACUGGGCGUGUGUGCGGCCAGGGAAGAAGGACAAGGACUACCGCGCCGAGGACGACACCAAGAAGCUGGACGCCCAGCUGAACAGGCCGCCGAAUAAGGAAAUCCUGGACCACGACCGCAAGCGCAAGAUCGAAGUCAAGUGCCUGGAGUUCGAGGAGAUACUCGAGAAGCAGGGACGCACACCGGAGGAAAUCAAGACGCAUGUGGACUCCUUUCGCCAGAAGUUGAUGGGACAGGGCAAAACAGAUCUGGCCAAGGAUGAAUUUGGACGCGUAGCUAACACCACCACAUCCACGGCCACGGCGGCAGUGGGAGCCACGGCAGCUGCCUCGGUGGCCACUGCAUCCACGAGCACAACAACAACGAUGGCGGCCACCACGGUGCAGGUGGUGAAACCGAAGAAACGCCGCAAGCGACGCAAACGCGCAGGUCACGCAAUCGCCACCACCACCACCUCGAACAACAACGAAAGGAGCAGCAACCCCGGGAGCAACCCGACCAGUCCCCAUCCCCCAACCGGUGAGAUCCCCUCCUCCUCCGCUACCCCGGCGAAUGGGGCCAGGAAGAGCAAGGCACCAUACUUCCAGCACGACAACCGGGAGUACCUGGCCAAGUACGAGAGCUUCCGCUUGACCGCCCACACGUGGAACUAUGCGGCGGUGGGCAGGAAGUUCAAGCCCUUGCGGCCGGCGUUGGCAAGCGGCGCCAACAAGACCAGGCGACCAGCAGUCUCCAAGAGGUCGCAUCCGGACUGCGCCUGCGCCUGCCAGCUGAAGGAACAAUCGGAGCAGCCGGCACUUGAACAGCCGGGUCACCAGCGAACAGCUGAGCACAGCUCCUCCAUCCAGAGGGAACAGGCGGCGAAAAUCAAUAUCGAUGGCAGCGUCCUGCUCGAGCUGCUCAAGUAUUCCUCGAGCAGCCUGCUGGAGACACUGCUGGGAGCAGGCAGUGCGGUGGUCGCAAGUGCUCGUGACACCCAUCAAAUAGCUGAGGCUCAGCAGCAGAAGAACGCCAAGCUGCGCGAGGCCUUCAACAUAUCCGAGUACUUCGUAGAGGGCAGCAGCUUCGACAGCGAUCGCAAGGCGAAGGAGGAUCUGGCCAAAAGCGUGGCUCUGCAAAAGGAACUGGACGCCCAGCGCGAGAGCCUGGCGGCGGCGGCAGCUGCCGCAGCAGCAGGCAAGGACAAGGAGACCGGCAAGCGGUAUGCUUUAGUGCGCACGCCUUCCCGAGAAAGGGAGCGGGAACGCGAUGGAGGAGAUGCUGCAGCCAGCGGAGAUGAGCGCGAACAUGUCUCCAAGUCGGACAAGAAGAAGCGCAAGAAGCGCGCCAGAGAGAGUUCGGCCAGUCCUGAGCGCAAGAAGGACAAGAAGAAAAAGUCGAAGAAGCACAAGAAAGAGAGUAAGUCGAAGAAGAAAAAGUCGCGCAAGCGCAAGCACAGCGAAAGUGGACGGGAUAGCGAUAAGGAUAGCGACGAGGAGGACGAGAGCAGCGAGGAGGAUCGUCGGGAGUCGAAAAGUGCCCGAAAGAAGGCCAAGAAGGACAAGAAAAAACGCGACAAGAAGCUGAAAAAGAAGUCACGCGCACGUGCCAGCUCCACGGAUUCGGAGCGCUCAAACUCUCCAUCGCGUAAGGAGAACAAAUCGGACAAGUCGCGUGGCGCAAAGGCUUCUAAAUCCGAUGAAAAGGACAAUGCGAUGCGCAGCCGUUCCCGCGAGCGUCGCAAGGAUACGAAAUCCAGGCAGCAGGAAUCCUCCCUAGACAGUCGACACCGCAAGACGAGGGAACGCUCGGCGGUAACCCCACCACGUAGGGAGCCGGAAAGGCAGCGAGAGCGAUCGAAGGAAAGACAGAGAUCGAAGGAAAGGCAGAGAUCGAGGGAAAGGCAGAGAUCGAGGGAAAGACUGCGUUCUAGGGAUAGACAGCGGUCCAAGGAUAGACAGAGAUCCAAGGAAAGGCAGCGUUCCAAGUCCAAGGAAAGACAAAGAUCUAAAGAAAAGCAACGAUCCAAGGAAAGACAGCGAUCUAAAGAACGACAGAGGUCCAAGUCCAAGGAUAGACAAAGAUCCAAGGAAAGGCAUAGGUCCAAGGAUAAGAAGCAAUCGGUGGACAAAAGGCGAGAUAGGUCCAAAGAUCGAUCAAAGGAAAAGCAGAGAUCAAAGGAGCGACAACGAUCAAAGGAGAGGCAGCGCUCCAAAGAUAAGCAGAGCUUAAAGGAAAGACAACGCUCCAAAGAGAGGCAGCGAUCAAAGGAAAGGCAACGUUCAAAGGAGCGGCAGCGCUCCAAAGAUCGUCCAGCCAAGGAAUCCCGAACUAUUAACUCCCCCAAAGAGCGCAGUCCCAAAAAGACAAAGGACGACCGCCGCCAGCGAUCGCCAUCGAAUGCGAGCAGAAAGCGAACAGAUGACACCAAGUUAAGCCGCCAAUCCCGAUCCAAAUCGCCAGCCCAUUCCCCAGAGGCGCCGCCCAAGAAGGUGGCGCCCACACCAGCCUUCAAUCCCUUCAAGGCGGCCGAGGAUACGGUGAACGAUAUCCUCGGAACAAAGUCGGUGAUGGUGGCCCUGGAGCAGACGAAGCGACAGAGGGCGGCUUCCAGCUCAAGCUCGGAUUCCGAUAGCUCCAGUAGCUCCAGCUCGUCUGUCUCCCGGACGCCAUCGCCUAAGCCCACGCCCAGGAAGCAAAAGAAGAGGAGCAGGACGCCAGAGCUUAAAGAGGUAAAGAAGGAGGCCAGUCCCAAGAAGGAGCGCCGCAGGAGCGUGAAACGGGAGCGUUCCAACUCCCCGCCAGCAACCAAGUCAAAGAGUAAGCUCGCCGAAGCGAGUCCCAAGCCUGCGAGGCGUCGUUCUCGCUCCAGUUCCUCGGAGUUGCGUUACUCCCCCGCCGAGAGGCAUCCAGAGCGCUACCAGGACAUCAUCGUGCAGGACAAGAAGCGGGCUAAGGAAGCCCCCGCGACGAAACCCGCUCCAGUGGUUCGCCUGCGGGCGCAAAGCGACGACGGCAGCGAUGCCGAAACAGGCGCAGAAUCCGCCGCCGCCUUAGAGGAAUUCCAGCAGAGCAGGCGGGAGCGCGAGGAGCAGCAGGAGCUGCGCAUGCUGGAGCAGCUCAAGUCGGGCAUUGCGGCCAAGGCCAAGCAGAAGAUCAGGAUCAUGGAAAAGGACCCCAGCAAGGAGGGCAGCGAAGUAAGUGGCAGUGGCGACCACCUGGUGACGGCUACCAAACGUAACUCGCUAAGCGAAUUCCUUGUGGCUAACAAUGUGACCGCUUUGAUUAACAACCCACUGACAACGACCACGCCCCCGCCGCCCUUGGCGGUCAUCCUGCCGCUGGAGCCGCGCAAGGAGCCGGAGCAGCCGGAUCAGCUGUCCGUGUCUGUGGAGGAGGAGCCGCCGUUGCUCAAGAAAAGGGACGCCAGCACACCGCCCAUUUGCAAGACGCCCCACGUGGCGGCGAAUGGCGAGGCCAAGAGUCCGACAGUGGGUGGUCAGAAUAAGAUUCACCCGCACCACAGGCCGCCUCCACAGCACAUGCAUCAUCAGCAGCAGCAGCAACAUCCGCCGGGGAAGCGCAUCUUCCACAACCGCACGCUGAACAAUAAUAACCCCAACAGUAGACACAAUAGUACUAACAAUCCUCAUGCAUGCGCUGGUGGCGGGCUCCCCCAUUCGAAUCUUAAUAGUAGCACUAGCAGCGGGAAUAGCAACAGCAACCAGCCCGGCAUGCUGCCCUUUUUGGCGGGCACGCCUGGCACCUACAACCGCACCACCAAUCGCCUCAACCACGGUCCCCUGCUGACCGCCACCCACUACAACAUCUGCAAGAACCACCAGCACAGUUUGCAGCAGCAGCAGGCUCACCAUUUGGCCCGUGGCCUCGUCUACAAUUCGGCUCUCUUUGGGCAUGGUAAUCCGCGGCAUCCGGGACUUCUUUCUUUAACAGGAGCCGGUGUGGUUGGUGGGCAGGGUGCUCCGCUGUUGGGGCAUCCGCCGCAUGUCCGGGGUGCCGGCGGCGGUCCCAUUAGCUUCAAUGCGGCAGCUGCGGCGGCUGCCGUGGCCGCCAAUAGUAUUAGCUACCAUCAUCAUCACCAUCAGCAUCAACAGAAACCGAAAAUCGUUAUAAAACCCUUCAAAAUUCACGAUCCACAGCCCCUGGUCGCAGCGCUGGCGGACAGCUCGCUGGUGGAUGCCAUCGUCUCCAAGGUUUCCACGGCCACCGUGGCGGCGGCAGCGGCGGCGGAGAGUGCGGCCCGCAGGAGCAGGAGUAGGGAGCGUCGGAGCAGGAGUCGCAGUAAGCGGCGCACCAGCGGAAGCCAUCAUCGACAUCACUCUGACAGCAGGUCGAGAUCACGCUACAGCUCAUCCAGCAGUCGCAGCGGAUCGCGCAGUUCGAGGUCCCGCUCCGGGUCGCACUCCUCCCGCUCCAGUUGCUCCUCGCACAGCAGCUCGGGCAGCUCCUCCUCCGGAGGCAGCGGCUCCGCAUCAUCACAGUCCGGCUCCCGGUCACCCUCCAUCCCCAGGCGUCGCGGCUCGCCCAGCUUUCUAGACAGACGUCGCAUAACGAGUGCUCGCAAGCGACCCAUUCCGUAUCAUCACAAGGCGACCGGAGAAGGCGAGGCGGCGGAGGAGGCCUCCAGUUGCUGCUCCAGUUGCUUCAGCCGCGCCAGCAGUCCCGCCACGCCCCUUCUCACGCCCCUGCGGAAUAGCAGGAGUCCAUCGCUGGCCGCCUUCUGAGUGUUAACCGCCUCGCUGCGCAAGAUGUGCGGCGAUUCCUGAGACGGAGACCCGGAGAUCCCUGCCCCGCAAUCACUCUCAUCAACAAUCCUAGUCACCAGCCCCACUAGUCACGACUCCUAGUCCCUAAGAUAGUUGUUAUGCGCAUUUAACUUGUUUUACACCGCAUUCCGUAGCCCUAAGUUAGUCAUCUGAACAUGAAUUUACUAGCGAAAUUAUACUGUAGCCCCGAUAUUAGGCCAACAAUACUCGUUCGUAAGCCUUUGCUCGAUUAUUUGCUAGUUAUAAGCUGCGUUUUAAUAUAAAUAAAUUAUUUGUUGCCUCUCUAAA